AUGAGUCAAUCCUCAGAUUACGGAAACUCUUCUAUUUCAACUGAAUUCCGAACCCUACCUCCUGAGCUAGCGGAGAAAAAAGCCUUAGCUAAACAUUGUGCCUUGAAACUGCCUGAAGGUUUAGAAGAGUGGAUAGAAUCGGCACUUGAAAAAUUUAUGGAAAUAUCUGCAGAAGGCUGUACUCAGUUUGAUUUAAAACUAAUAACUGAAGGGGAUCCAGCAAUUGUUGUCUUACACAGCAAUGACAAAUGUGUAAAUGAAGAGUUAAAACCUUUCUGUGAUUCAAAUGCUCCUGUGACCGCUAAGACUGAAAGUGCCUCUCCAGACCUGACUGGGUAUGACAAAGUUGUGUAUAUUAGUCAUAUUAAUGGUCCUAAUGAUUUCUACAUUCAAGUAGACAGUGCUGAAAGUAGUCCGGUCAAAAAUGAUGAAAACAACAAAAUCCUGGAAGAUCAGUUUGUUAGUGAGGUAGUAGAAGGAAGCAAACAUGAAGCUGAAAUUCAAGACAUGAUCAUGGAAAGUGUUGAUGCGAAAAUAGAAAACAUGCAACUACAAGAAGACAUGCAGCAGAUUGUGGAGGAUUCGCUUGAAAAUGCACUCAGUUCAAAUCUUGAUGAAUCCUCUGUAGUAACAGAACAAGAAGUAGACAGUGCUGAAAGUUGUCCGGUCAAAAAUGAUGAAAACAAAAUCCUGGAAGACCAUUCUGUUAGUGAGGUAGUUGAAGAAAGCGAACUUGUAACGUUAGAUACGAGUUCUUCAAAUGGUGUUGGUAACGUCCAAGAAGAUGAGGACAGAUCGAUGAAGAAUCCCGAAACUUCUGAUUCCGUGAAUGAGGCUGAAUCAAAAGCUAUAUUGUACAGCUCGUCGACAAAGUGUUUAGCUGCAUCUUCACCACGAUACACUUUUGGUUCAGCUGUCAGUCCAUAA